AUGACGUCAAUUUUUGUUCACUGCUAUGACGUCAUUCUAUGUUCACAUGUAAGAUGUCAUUUUUUUGUUCUCUGCAUUGACGUCAUUUUUGUUCACUGCAGACAGGCGGCCGAGGCAGUUGAGGGCAUUGGAAGUGAUUGGCACACGAUAGACGAGACGACCAAACUGCUGCCUCACUCGCCCGGCAUGUUCAAACUGGGAUUUGCCCACAAGAGUGGCGUGGAUGUGGUGUUCAUAUGCCACACCACAGAACACAGGACACUGCACGAUAUGGUCCUACAAGUCUUGUUUGGAUUCGAGGGUGGAACUCGUCUGUGUAUGAUGGUGGUUGAGCCUGGAAACAGGAAGAAGUUGAUGGUCCAGUGGACGGCCAGUGCCUAUCCGGAAGAUCUGAUUGAGGACGAGAUAGAGGAGCACAUUGCCACACACCACACAGUUCCAGAGUACAACAUACCACUGGACGACUCAAAGGGUAUCUGGAUAAUCAUAGACGAAGAAGACCACGCUUCAAACACAAUUCACCCUACGUACUAGAUGUAUGACUUUAAGAAAAAACGAAGAAAAAGAAGACGUAUAUAAAUAAACCAGCCAAAACA